CUGCCGGCCCUUACUCCGCCGCCGACGAGCAAUUCUCAUCCAAUUAGGCGGAGGAUGGUUAGGGAUUCGACAGAAUUAGGCGGAGGAGAUGGCGAAGACAGAAUCUCCCUAUUUCCCGAAGAAAUCAUUCACACCAUCCUUAAUCGCCUGGAAUCUCCAGAUGCAGCUGCCAGAACCAGCUUGCUGUCGAGAAGAUGGCACCAACUGUGGCUAGGUUACCCUUUCUUUGGGUUCCCGCUCUCAAAAUCGAACGAGAGUCGAUUCCGCAGCUUCGUCGACUCCAGCUGUAGGAAGCUGCUGCUGCCGCCGCAGCCAUCGGAUUCUGACCACAGCAUUACUAGUUGUUGUGCAGGUGUAGAGGCAGUUCAGGGUUUCAGUAGGAUCUGGACCGGUUGCUCUUGUUUAUCACCGAUAAUGCCAGUGUCGCAUCUCCAGUUAACUUUGAGCUUUCAAUCCGCGACGUCAAAUGGGAUGGCUGCUAUAGUAUGCCGGUUCCGAAUUGGAGUGGCACGAAAUAUGUCACCCUCAGUGGUUGCCAUCUCACCUCUGCUCCUGCUGCUUCUCUGAGCAGCCUCGCUUCCCUCCAUUUGGUCAAUGUCAGUCUCAGCGAACAAACUCUCCAGAGUUUCCUGUCUAAUGCUCCUCGCCUCCUAACAUUGUAUUUGGAUCGAAUCUUUGGGGUUGAUAAGCUGGAAGUGGUCUCUUCUCCUCUCAUCCUGCAUUUGUGUUUGUAUGACAUUUAUAGUGACGGAACGCCAGAGCUCUUCCGUAGAAGCAGACAUUGCUUCAAGAAAAUGCGGAGUGUAAGGAUUUCGUCUCCACAUCUCCGGAGCUUGAAUUUGUGUGCAGGGUUGGAGGAGCUUGAGAUUGAUGCUCCUAACUUGGCAAUUCUCUCUUGGACUGUUCAUUCUGGCGACCCAUUUACGAAGGUCAAUGUUAUCAAUUUGGCAUCCGAUUGCCGGUGUAGAGCUGGUGUGCUGUCAUAUAGGGAACUCAACCCACAAUGGUUGAGGCAGUCCCUCUCCACCACGUUCACUCAAUUCCACCGCCUGAGAUUGGUUUCCGGCUUCAAGUUUCCGCCAUCACCACAACAGGUUUCACUGGAGUUAACCCACGCCGAGUGUGCUUUUCGACCUCCGAAGAUUGAUCAUGUGCAAUAUGAGCCCUAUUGGUGGGGUAUUUGUGACAUGGAGGAGGCGGGGGGUUUCUUAAAUCACUUGUUCUGGGUCUGUCGUCCUAAAUUCGUGUCAAUAGUUAACUUGAACAUCAAUCUGAUUGCAGAGUGCAUGUGUCAAGAGUAUUUGAAGAUAAAAUCUACUGAUGCUGUGAAUUCUGCUGCUUCCUGGAGCCGUCAUUUGAAAGAUAGGAAGAUAGAGAACGAUACUACUGGCGAGAUGAUGGAGAUCUCCAGAGAUGUGAUUCCUACCCUUGCGAAGCGAGAGAAAGUUAAGUUUAUGUUGGUAUGGUGUUAGUUUAGUUUAAACAAGGUUCGAAAGCUUUGAUUAAAUGCUGCAAAGUUCUCUGCAAGCUUCUGUCAUGGUUUGCAAGCUGUUAUCGGGAACAUGUUAAGUAAUUAAGUCUAGAGCUUUUAUCAUAGAUAUAGGAACUUGAGGUUAUUAGUGACCUCAAAGAUUUAGCUAAACGUUAGAUUUAAUGGUUAACCAAAUCCUGGUCAAAACUAUGUCUUAUUAGAAUAGCAUGAAUAGUUUCGGGAGGAGAAAGAUUAGGGCUUUGAAAGAAUUAGUAGUGAGAGGAGAACAUGAUGAAUACUGGAUCUCCCCAUUUCAUUUCGAAAUUGUUCACAUGAUCGUCUAAACUUAUUGUAAAACCAGUUC